UUAGAAACUCGAUCGUAUGUAAAUUGUCAGACCAUUCCGUUGGCCCUUGAGCUUCUGAGAGCAUCUCUCACAGAUAAACAAACGUGAACAACAAGCCGAGAUGGUGGUACUUCACUUCUAUUCCAGCAAUGGAGUAAGCAAUGGAAAUAGGUUGGAAAAGCUGAAGGAGCUGAAGGAAGUGUCCGAUCAGGUUGCUAACUUAAAUACUGAAAUUUGCUACAAUGUCGAAGUCUCCGAGAGGCUGUUAGAGGCCGAACUAGAAAGACUGUGUUGGCUUAUUAGCUCGCCGUUUGAAAAUUGGAAAGUUCAAAACAGCCCGACGCUGACUCCUGCAAAUAAGAAACAACUACUUAUUGAAAUCGGACCAAGGUUAAAUUUCUCAACACCAUUUUCAAGUAAUGCCUUAUCUAUGUGCAAUGCGAUUGGAUUGCAUAAAGUGGUUCGAUUUGAGACAACUAUAAGAUAUCUGGUUUACUUAGACUCAGUUGUUUCAUCAAACGUAGAAGAACAGUUGACCCAAGUUUUGCAUGAUCGGAUGACUGAAUGUCGUUAUAACGAGCCAAUUAAAAACUUUGAUCAUGGAAUAGUUCCAGCUAAGUGGUCUGUUGUGGAUGUGAUGUCAAAAGGACGAAAAGCCCUCGAGGAAGUGAACGACGAAUUGGGACUGGCAUUUGAUGAUUGGGAUUUAGAUUUCUACACCAACAUGUUCCGAAAUACUUUGAAAAGAAAUCCGACAACUGUGGAAUGCUUUGAUAUGGCCCAGUCCAAUAGUGAACAUAGCAGACAUUGGUUUUUUAAGGGCAAAAUGGUAUUGAAUAAACAACCCCUGCAAUAUUCACUCAUCGACAUGAUCAUUGAUACUCAGAAACAUUCUAAUCCGAACAAUGUUAUAAAAUUCAGCGAUAAUAGUAGUGCAAUCAAAGGAUUUAUUAUAAAAAAACUUAGACCAAAAGUUGUUGGGGAACCGAGUGCUUUUGAUGAAUUUAUUAGUAUAACUCAUAUCAUUUUCACUGCUGAAACGCACAAUUUUCCAACUGGUGUCGCCCCUUUUAGUGGAGCUACAACUGGAACUGGAGGAAGAAUUAGAGAUGUCCAAGCUGUCGGAAGAGGAGGUAACUGCAUCGCAGGUACUGCGGGAUAUUCGGUUGGAAAUCUAUUGAUGCCAGGUUAUGAACAGCCUUGGGAGGACAAAAGCUGUGAAUAUCCAGACAAUCUGGCAUCACCUUUAAAAAUCCUCGUCGAAGCUAGUAAUGGUGCUUCUGAUUAUGGUAAUAAAUUUGGUGAACCUUUGAUCUGCGGUUACACUAGAGCGUUUGGUAUGAAUGACAGUAACGGGACAAGAUACGAAUGGGUCAAACCUAUAAUGUUCAGCGGUGGAAUUGGAUCAAUGGAGGCUAGUAUGGUCGAUAAAUAUGUUCCAGAAAAGGGUAUGAAAGUUGUAAAAAUUGGUGGACCUGUUUACCGUAUCGGUGUUGGAGGUGGUUCAGCCAGUUCUGUUCAAGUGCAAGGUGAUAAUCAAUCUGAAUUAGAUUUUGGAGCUGUACAGCGUGGUGAUGCAGAAAUGGGAAACAAAUUAAACAGAAUAAUUAGAGCCUGUAUAGAAGAUAGUAGUGAAAAUCCAAUAUGCAGUAUUCACGACCAAGGGGCUGGAGGAAAUGGAAAUGUUCUGAAAGAGCUGGUCGAACCUAAAGGAGCAGUAGUAUUCUGUAAUGCUUUCACCUUGGGAGACGACACAGUCAGUACAAUGGAACUUUGGGGAGCAGAGUAUCAAGAAAAUGACGCAGUCCUCUUAUUACCCAACAAUGUCAGCAAACUGGAAAAAUUAUCAAGAAGAGAGAGGUGUCCAGUUGAUGUAGUUGGUGUCGUAACUGGAAAUGGCAAGAUGAUCCUCAGUGAAGAAGACGUAAUGGAUGAAAAUAAGUAUUUAACAGACAAGUACACAAAAGAUAAAGUGACACAUCCGUUUAAUUUAGAUUUAGAGCUAGUCUUAGGCAAAAUGCCUAGAAAGGAGUUCCAUCUCUUUGAAGAGCAACUAACUCUCGAAGAAUUAAAAUUCCCAAGAGGGCUCACCGUUGAAGCUGCCCUCGAUAGAGUUCUCAGAUUAUCCACAGUUUGCAGUAAGCGGUUUUUAACGAACAAAGUCGACCGUUGUGUAACAGGUCUAAUAGCACAACAGCAAUGCGUAGGUCCACUUCAUACCCCAUUGGCCGAUUACGCAGUCACUGCCAUUUCAAUGUUCAAUGUAGAGGGUAUGGUGACUGCCAUCGGUGAACAGCCCAUCAAGGGAAUGGUAAAUCCUGCAGCCGGCGCUAGGAUGACUGUAGCGGAAUCUCUAACUAAUCUGAUGUUCGCCAAAGUAUCAUGCCUUGAGGACGUCAAAUGUUCUGGUAAUUGGAUGUGGGCUGCCAAAUUGCCAGGGGAAGGCGCUAAAUUAUACAGAGCGUGUGAAGCUAUGUGUACUUUUAUGUCACAACUUGGCGUUGCUGUCGACGGAGGAAAAGAUUCUCUUAGCAUGGCCGCUAGAGUCAGUGGAAAAACAGUCAAAGCACCAGGUACAUUGGUCGUGUCGACAUAUGCUCCAUGUCCAAAUGUGAAUUGUAAAGUUACUCCGGACAUGAAAAACCCGUUAAUGGGCCAAGUUGGAGUUCUUCUCUGGGUCUCACUUUCAAACUACCACCGCUUAGGUGGUAGUGCUCUUGCACAGUGCUUUAAUCAACUUGGUAAAAACGUUCCUGACGUCGAGUCACCUGACAAGUUUAAAAAAGCAUUUAAUGUUACCCAAAAAUUAAUAGCUGAUAAAAAGGUUUUGUCAGGGCAUGACGUUAGCGAUGGUGGAUUAUUGACAUGUGUCCUUGAGAUGGCUUUCGGCGGAUUAUCUGGCCUUCAGCUUCAAUUCGACACAAGUUCCGCAUCAGCUUUGGAACAAUUUUUCGCCGAAGAAGUCGGCUGGGUUCUCGAAGUUUCACCUGAAAAUGUCGAAUUCGUCUGCAAUGCAUAUAACAAAGAGUCGGUCAACUGUGUGAAUAUUGGACAGGCAGUUGGAUACGGAAUGGAUUCUUUGGUGACUGUAAGAAAUGAAAAAGGAGAUGUCCUUCUAAACAAGCCUUUGUCGACGCUUUUCAAAAUGUGGGAAGAAACAAGUUACAAGUUGGAAUGCAAACAGAUGAACACUACUUAUGCUGCAGAAGAGUUUACAUCAUUACAUAAAAGAAAGGGUUGCAAAUUUUCCCUUUCUUUUGAUCCAGCAAAAUUACCAACACCUGCCAGUAGUAUUUUGACUCCUGAACCAAGAGUAGCAGUUAUCAGGGAAGAAGGAUCAAAUGGUGACAGGGAAAUGGCAGUAUCUCUUCAUAUGGCAGGGUUUGAAGUAUGGGACGUAACAAUGCAAGAUUUGUUAGAUGGAAAUGUCACAACUGCAAUGUUCAAAGGAAUAAUCUUUCCUGGCGGUUUCAGCUAUGCAGACGUUUUGGGUUCUGCAAGAGGUUGGGCGGCUUGUCUUAAAUUUAACCCAUUAUUGAAAGGGCAAUUUGAUGCUUUCGCCGACAGACCGGAUACGUUCAGUUUAGGAGUGUGCAAUGGAUGCCAAUUAAUGGGUUUGAUCGGCUGGAUAGGCUGUGACGAUGGAGAUCGGACUAGCCCAAAAAUUGUACUAGAUCACAAUAAAUCAGAACGAUUCGAAUGUAGAUUCACGUCUGUUAGGAUUGAAAAAUGUCCAUCAAUUAUGUGCAAAGGAAUGGAAGGAAGCGUUUUGGGAGUUUGGGUCGCUCAUGGAGAAGGUCAAUUCACUUUUAAGAAUGAUAAAGUCAAAAAACAAAUUGACAACAAUAAAUGCGUAUCGCUUAGAUAUGUCGAUGAUAACGGAGUGCCAACUGAAACUUAUCCGAUGAAUCCGAAUGGUAGCGUAGACGGAAUCGCUGGAAUUUGCUCAGCGGACGGACGUCAUUUAGCCCUGAUGCCGCAUCCGGAACGUUGCACAGUUAUGUGGCAAUGGCCGUAUGUUCCACCGGAAUUCGAGACGCUGAAAGUUUCACCAUGGAUGAGGCUUUUCCAGAAUGCUUUCGAAUGGUCGCAGCAACAGCCUUAAAAAAUUUUCAAUAUACUGUACAGAUUUAAUCAUAACUAUUAUAAAAACACAAAGCAUUUUCACUACAAAAAAAA